GCAGGCAGCUUGAUGUGAGCGAUAAGAAGAACCGGAUCUGGUUUCCGUGAAGAGCGCAAGUAUCCUCUGGAACGGACUUCCAAACGCGGCAGCGCGGAGGGAUAAACGAGCCACGGACACGAGCGAAGCGCGUUUGUUUCCUGCGUGUGUCCGCGGCUGGACGGGCAGCAGGCUGACACGACUAUUUGUCGCACGUCAGCUGAUCGACGCUGCUCUUUCUGAAGGCCGAAGCCUCGGAUUUGGGAAAAUACGCACACGCGCUUCCUCCUUCCACCUUCACAGGAUCGGCGGCUGGCCUGACAUCAUUGGCUGGCAGUUAGGAAUGAAUCAUCGCCUUCCCCGGGGGGUUCGGGGAUGCUGUCGCUGUCAUAGCACCCAUAAAAUCCCUCGGACACGCAGACCCACCCUCUGCGCUCUGGUGUUUUAAAGCCGUCUAGUCUUUGAAGCCAGCAUGGAGGAAAUCUUGAGGAAGCUGCAGAAAGACGCGUCCGGCCACAAAUACAAAGGCAUCCGCGAUGCCUGCGUCUACGCCUGCGAAAUGCUUCAGUCUCAGAAUGGAUCAGCAAAGAUUUCUCCUUCACUGCUCCGAGAGCGCUGUCUGCUGCCUCUACAGAUGGCUCUGGAGUCGAAAAACACCAAACUGGGACAGACUGCACUUACUGGCAUGCAGAAACUCCUGUGUGAGGACAGGUUUGUGGGUGGAACUAGUGUGGAGGUGGAGGCACUGGAGAAACAGCUGCUCAGCCAGAUGUUGGAGGCUAUCAGAGUUACCCCAUCUCUCCACGAAGACCUGCAGGUGGAAGUUAUGAAAGUCCUGCUCUGUAUCACCUACUCACCAAACUUUGACAUUAAUGGAGACUCCAUCCUCCGGAUUGCUGAGGUGUGCAUCGAGACCUACGUGUCCAGUUGUCACCAGCGUAGCAUCAACACGGCGGUGAGAGCCACGCUGAGCCAGAUAUUGGGAGACCUGACGCUACAGCUCCGCCACAGACAGGAGGGUGCAGAUGGAGACGAGGUGACUGCACCGCCACUGCAGAGAAGAGAUAUUUCUCCCACCAGCCAAGCUCUGUGUGAAGAUGUGGUCACGGUUCUGACCGUUUUCUGUGAAAAGUUGGAGUCAGUGGACAGUGAUAACCAGCUCCUGCAGCUACUCUACCUGGAGUGCAUCCUUUCUAUGCUCAGCAGCUGCCCUCCCACAAUGCACCUCUUCAGAGGUUUCACAGACCUCGUGUGGAAGCAGCUGUGCCCAUCCCUGGUGGCAAUCAUGGGCAAUCCCGUCAAUGACAAAACUAUUGCUUCCCACCACGGCUACUCAGCGGCGUCAGACCGAGACCGCCUCUCAGAGAGACUCAGUUUAGGAAUGGGCCAGGAGGUGGACUCCUCCUGCGGAGGACUGUCCGAUCAGGGCAGAGGUUCUGGCUGCUCCUCUAGCGCCCCUGCCAGGAUUGCACCGGUAGUGCGCACAGUUUGCUACAUUGCAGCGGAGCUGGUGCGUCUGGUGAGCUGCGUUGAGUCGAUGAAACCAGUGCUGCAGUCGCUCUACCACAGGAUCCUCCUCUACCCUCCUCCUCAGCACCGCACCGAGGCCAUCCGCAUCAUGAAGGAGAUUCUGGGCAGCCCCCAGCGGCUGUAUGACCUCGCCGGGCCCUGCAUGGCUGAGCCUGAGACCAGGAAGCGAUCAUUCUCAAAGAGGAAGUCCCACCUGGAUCUGCUCAGACUAGUGAUGGAUGGGAUGACAGAGGCUUGUAUGAAAGGAGGCAUCGAAGCAUGUUACUCCUCCGUCUCUUGUGCCUGUGCCCUUCUCAGCGCACUGGAUGAGCUGUCACAGGGCCGUGGCAUCCAGCCUGAGCAGGCUCGGCUUCUCCUCAGACGACUGGAUGAUCUGAAAGAUGGAACCGAGUCGACACGCGAGUCCAUGGAAAUCAACGAGGCCGACUUCAGGUGGCAGAGACACAUCCUGUCCUCAGAGCAACCUCCGUGGGACCCCAGCUCUUCUUCCUCUAAUGUGGCCACCACCAGCGCCACUGAGCGUAGCCCCGACAUCAGCAUCAGCAUCACCACGGAAACGGGCCAAACCACCCUGGAUUUAGAGGUGGGAGAGCUCGGCCUCACUAUGGGCCACGCCAGUCCAGAGGAGUGUGGAGAGGACGCUCGGCUCCCUUCGCCUUCCUUCUGCGGUGAUCAGCAGGAAACCAAACACGAGCCGAUUCCCAGGCCCGACCAGGGAGGCCAGAAGGAGGAGGGAGGGGUGCCCACAGGGGAGGCGGAGGGAAGAGGACAGAAGGAAAGAGGUGGAGGCGGAGAGAGAGGAGGUGCAGUUCCUCCAGAUGUGGUGCAGAGGAGUCACGCCCUCGUCUACCCCGACAUCACGAACUUCCUGUCGGUGGAAUCCAGGUCUAGGUCACACCACGGAGGAGGGUCACGAUACAGCGAGAGCAACUUCAGCAUGGAGGAGCAGGACUUGUCACGGACAGAGUUUGACUCGUGCGAUCAGUACUCCAUGGCUGCUGAGAAAGACUCGGGGCGCUCUGACGUGUCCGACAUUGGGUCCGACAACGUGUCGCUGGCCGAUGAGGACCAGCAGUUAUCCCGCGACUUCCCAGGUCACCGCUCCCUGCGCACUGCCGCCCUGUCCCUCAAACUGCUCCGCAACCAUGAGGCUGACCAGCAGAGCGCCCGACUGUUCGUGCAGUCUCUGGCUGGGCAGCUGCCCCGCCUGCUGGGGCUGUCCACUGCCACGGAGGUGGACCUGUCGCUGCAGAACUUCUCUUCCACCUUCUGCUCUGGACUGCAGGCUGGCGGGAUUCACUCCCCAGGUUUUGAGACAGGCGACACUCUGAGCUGCCAGUAUCUGAUGAACGCAGACGGCCUUUACCUGGUGUCCUACUACGCUCUGCUGCUUAAUCUCAAACUCUGCUGCUGCAGCUACUACAAGCGGCGAACGCUCACGCCCGUCCUCAGCCUGAAGGAGUUUGUGCGUCUGAUCCAGAGCAGCGGCGUCCUCGUGGUUCUGUCUCAGGCCUGGAUCGAGGAGCUUUACCACCAGGUUUUGGAGCGGAACCUGCUGGCUGAGGCAGGAUUCUCGGGCUCGUCAGAGGACCACACACUGCCGCUUAUCACCAUGCUGACAGACAUUGAUGGCUUGGGCAGCAGUGCAAUCGGAGGUCAGCUGAUCCGGAGAGCGUCGAGCCAUGUGCCGCUCGGCUGUGAAAAGCCAUGCAGUGACACUGUGAUGGCAGGAGCUGUGUUCUCACGCUUCAUCCUCACCGGUGUUUGGAAAAACCUGAUCGAUGUCCUGUCCACACCGCUGACGGGUCGCAUGGCGGGCAGCUCCAAGGGCCUGGCCUUCAUCCUGGGGGCAGAGGGGGUCAAAGAGCAGAGCCAGAGGGAGAGAGACACCAUCUGCCUGAGUUUAGACGGCCUGCGUAAAGCUGCUGCGCUCAGCUGCGCCCUGGGUGUGGCUGCCAACUGUGCUUCAGCUUUAGCCCAGAUGGCUGCAGCCUCCUGUGUGCAGGAAGAGAAGGAGGAGAAGGAGGUGGGGGAGACGGGAGACGCUAUCACACAAGUGAAACAGCGUGUUGAGCAGCGUCUGGAGCAGAUCGGCCGUCCUCAGGGAGUUCGCCUCCACACAGCUCAUGUGUUGUGCAUGGACGCCAUCCUGAACGUUGGCCUGGAGAUGGGCAGCCACAACCAUGACUGCUGGCCUCAUGUGUUCAGGGUGACCGAGUACAUCAGCUCACUGGAGCACACCCACUUCAGUGAUGGCUCUGCCCAGCCGUCCUCUCUGACCACAAUCACCCAGCAGAGCCAGCAGAUGGCUGGCAUCGACCUCGGGCUGGAGUUGAGCUGCGAACCCAGCCCCGAGGCCUCGGACCUGAGCCUGAGCCAGCCGGUCAUCCAGCCGCUUUCCAUCCAGGAGCUGCUGAAGGAGAGCGGCAGAGGGGGCCGGGGCCUGGACCUGAAGAGCGGCAGCCUGAUGACCGGCACCAGCGCCGCCAAGGCCGUGUGCACGCUGUCAACACAGGCCGACAGGUUAUUUGAAGAAGGGGCCACCAAACUAAACCUGGUUGGUCUGGUUGGUUUCCUGCAGCAGCUCAGAAAAGCUUCUCAGUCUCAGCUGUUUGACUCUCCCACUGAGACUGGAGACUAUUCACUGGCAAUGCCAGGAGAAGCCAAGUCGACGUUGGACCGGCGCAGCGCCCUCCAUCUCUUCCGUCUGGGUGAGGCCAUGCUGCGAAUCGUCCGGAAUAAGAACCGACCCCUUCUCCACAUGAUGAGGGCCUGGAGCGUGGUGGCGCCUCAUCUGGUGGAGGCUGCGUGUCACAAAGAGCGCCACGUAUCCCAGAAGGCCGUUUCCUUUAUCCAUGAUGUUCUCACAGAGGUGCUGACGAGCUGGGCGGAGCUUCCACACUUCCACUUUAACGAGGCACUGUUCAGGCCUUUCGAGCACAUCAUGCAGCUGGAGCUCUGCGACGAGGACGUUCAGGACCAGGUAAUAACAUCGAUAGGAGAGCUGGUGGAGAUGUGCUCUCCUCAGAUCCUGUCAGGGUGGAGGCCUCUGUUCAGCGCCCUCAGGACGGUGCACGGUAGCAAGACUGACACCAAAGACUACCUGCUGGGAGAAUACUCCAUGGGGAAGUCUCAGGCGCCGGUGUUCGACGUCUUUGAGGCGUUCAUAAACACUGACAACAUCCAAGUUUUUGCCAACGCUGCCACAGACUACAUCAUGUGUCUCAUGAAGUUUGUCAAAGGAUUAGGAGAGGUGGACUACAAAGAGAUUGGCGACUGCGUUCAUGCGUCAGGUUACAGCUCCACAGACCUCUGCCUGCCUGCUCUCGACUACCUCCGCAAAUGCUCGCAGCUGCUGGCAAAGAUUUACAAGAUGCCGUCUAAGCCUGUGUUCCUGGGUGCGCGGCUCGCCAGCCUGCCGAUGAGAUCGCAGGAACGCUCGAUCAGCAGCGAGGAUGGCAUGGACUGUGUCCUCCAGGAGUUUGAUGACGACACAGGUCUGAUCCAGGUGUGGAUUUUAUUACUGGAGCAGCUCACUGCAGCCGUGUCAAACUGCCCUCGACAGCACCAGCCUCCAACGCUGGAGCUGCUCUUCACUUUGCUCAGAGAAGUCACCGCAGUGCCAGGUCCAGGGUUUGGUAUCUUUGCUGUCAUCCAGCUGCUGCUUCCUGUGAUGUCACUGUGGCUGCAGCGUAGCCAUGGUGACCACUCUUAUUGGGAUGUGGCAGCAGCGAAUUUCAAACACGCAAUUGGCCUAUCCUGCGAGCUGGUGGUGGAGCACGUCAACAGUUUCAUACACUCAGAUAUUGGUUACGAGUCACUGAUCAACCAGAUGCUGAAGGACCUCUUCAAGCUGCUGGUGGCUUGUGUGUCUGAACCUGCAGAGACCAUCUCCAGAGUGGGCUGUUCCUGCAUCAGGUACGUGUUGGUCACAGUGGGUCCAGUGUUCACAGAAGAAAUGUGGAGGUUGGCCUGCUGCGCUCUGCAGGACGCAUUCUCUGCCACGUUAGAGCCGGUCAAGAACCUUCUGGCGUGUUUUCACAGCGGCUCGGACAGCUUUUCUGGAGACGCCUGCGAGGUGAAGGUGGCGGCUCCUUCUCACUCACCGUCAGCCGAGGCCGAGUACUGGAGGAUCAAAGCUAUGGCCCAGCAGGUCUUUAUGUUGGACACUCAGUGCUCCCCUAAGACACCCAACAACAAGGAAGGCUUUGAGCACGCUCAGUCCUGCGUCCUCAUCAUCGAGCUGCCGUCUGACCAGCAGUCCAAUGGACACGCUCAGAAGAGGAAAAUUGGGAUCCCAUUCCGGACCAUCGUGGUGAGCCUGCUGUCCCACCAGGUUCUGCUCCAAAACCUCUCUGACAUCCUGCUAGAAGAGUUUGUCAAGCAGCCUGAAGGUCACGAAAGGGUCACACCUGUGACCUCUGACCCCAGUAAACCCACAGCAGGCUUCCUGCGCUACAUCUCUAUGACGAAUUUAGCCAUAAUUCUGGAUCUGCUGCUGGACUCGUACAGGACGGCGCGGGACUUUGACACUCGGCCGGGUCUGAAGUACCUGCUGAUGAAGGUGUCGGGUGUUUGUGGAGCAGCCAAUCUUUACCGUCAGUCAGCCAUGAGCUUCAGCCUGUACUUCCAGGCCCUGCUGUGUGCCAUACUGAGCCAGGCAGACAGCAUGACUGCACAGCAGGUGAAGAGGAUCCUGUACGAGGAAGAGGAGGGGAGCUCAGACUCCUCUCAUCCUGGUUCCGCCUCCUCGGAGGAUGAAGACAUAUUUGAAGAAACCGCACAGGUCAGCCCCCCUCGCGGCCGGGAUAAGCGCCACCCGUGGCGAGCUCCAGUCCCCUCGCUCAGUGUGCAGCCGCUGGGGAGCGCCGACUGGGCCUGGCUGGUCAAGCGGCUCUACAAGCUGUGCGUGGAUCUGUGCAACAGCUACAUUCAGAUGCACCGCGACCUGGAGAGCACGCUGGAAGAGACCGCUCUGCUGAGGGGAAGUGCAGGAGGAGACCAUGUGUUCUUCCUGCCUCUCUUCCAGUCCGAGACUUCGACCCCGACCUCAGCAGGCGGGCUUUCAGCGAGGGAGACGCCCUCAGAGGAAGGCGGGUACAGGUGUCAGACGACAGACGUGAGCUCAGCAUCACCGGGGGACACACCGACGCCAAGUCCAGGAUUCAGCUGCACAGGCAGUCUGUCCAGUCAGUUCCGGACUGGAUGUGAACGGAGGGACUCCAACAUAACAAGCAGCUCGGUUGGAGGGAUUCCUGGCAGUGCUGGUACGGGAAGGAGAAAGGAAUGGUGGGAAAGUGCUGGAAACAAGCUAUACACCAUCGCCACGGACAGAACGAUCAGCAAGCUGAUGAUGGAGUAUAAACGCAGGAAACAGCAGCAGCAGCAGCCGCAGCAAAGCCACGUCAACCUGUUCAUGAAAGAGCAGGGCCGGGCGGCGGCAGCAGGAGGAGGCGGCGGCAUCGGGGAGAGAAGGGGCCCAGUAGAGCCGCAGAGGCCCCCGCAGAGGCCCCAGCAGCUGGUGGACCAACAGGGGCCCUCUCUGAGGCACUCGGUUAGUGCGGGGCCGGAGGUGCUGAGGCAGGAGAAAAGGCCGCGGUCAGGGUCCACCAUCAGCUCCCACAGCAUCUCGCUGAGAGACUCCGAGGCUCAGAUACAGGCGUGGACCAACAUGGUCCUGACCCUCCUGAACCAGGUCCUCUUGCUGUCGGACUCCUCGUUCCUUGCGCUCCAGCCGGCGCUCUACCCCUGCCUCAGCCAGCUCUCCUGCCACGUGACCGACGCCCGCGUUCGCCAGGCCCUGCGCGAGUGGCUGGGCCGGGUCGGCAGACUCUAUGACAUCAUUGUGUGAUGUCGCAGCGAGAAAAUGUGAAAGCAGCGGCCGGAGGCUGCAAAGUGUCGGUCAGUGAGGGACAUAAACAGAUGAAAUCCGAAAUGCUGCAGUAGAUUUUACGAGCUGAUGAAUGAUCGAUGGUCCUCGCCAACAUUUUGUUGUCAGGCAGUCAUUAAGUGACAUCAGUAUGAAGGAUUUGUUUCCUGAUGAAGGAUACAGUACAAGAAAUUAAAAUGUAAAAGGUUUCUCUAUAUUAUUUGAAAUGUUUCUUAGUAAAUGUGCCGUCUAUGCUCUUGUCACUCGGUUGAACUGUUUCCUAAACCCUGAACAGUGCAAAGAAACAAACAUGGAGCUCUUAAAUGUCAUCUAGGAGUUCUCAGUUUGUGAAGACAGACUAGCAGAAUCCUAAUUUUGAUCCAGCGUUGUCAUAAAGUCCCAACACACAGAGGCUUUUGAUGAUAAUUUCCUCACCCUCGUGCUUCAUUCGUGCCAGUGACUUCCAGGGGUUUUUGACACCCCAUGAAGAAGCAGCCAUGUUUACAUUCUUUGCAUUGUUGCAUCUUUUCAUACACUCGUCUCUAUAACCUCCAUCAUACUCUGUCAACACAUAAAAAGGAUUAAAGCAUCCAAACGGGCACCGGGGAGAGUUGUUUGGACCACCUGUGGUGCUACGGAGCUAUACAACAUUUAUAACCUGCUGCCAAUUUACUUCCAGCUCAUUUUUCACUCCCUUUUCCACAAACCCACAUUCUAUCCAUAUGAGAUGAGAUGAUGAGAGAACUGCCGCUGGCACUUAGGGAGGGGGCGUCUAGGGAGUCGGAGCUAGAAGACAAAUGGUAGCGAUGUAUUUACUGACGCCUGCGCUGUUGCUGCAGCGACUCUUACAGAUGGUCUGGUGAUGUCUGGGCACACAAAUCCGAUCUGAUCACUUGCAAAUAACAGCGCAGUCCUAAAGGUCCUAUUUGAGAAACAAAUCUGAUUUGCCUGCUGUCUGAAUAAAGCCCAUGUCUCAUCUCUGCCGCGAGCUCAGCAGAUUUCUGAGAAAUCUCCACAGUGAUGAGUGCUGAAGACGGGACCAUAAACAAGCCAGUGAAAUCCUGGAGAUCACAAAGGUUCAGCUUAGAACUUUAUUUUUAUCCUGUUUUCCUUCUCAGAGUUCAGAGCGAGUGCUCAUCGAUCCUGAUCACAUGUGGCUCAGAGGUCUUUAUGAUUCACACCUGUUUAAACCUUCUGACACGAGUAUUAAUUAUUUUGAUCAAAGACGGCGUGCGGCGUGUGUGCUUUGAUGUUUCAUGCCAGCCGUGUGUCCUUUUUCAUAUCAUCUAUUUAUGCAAAUAUUUAUUUGAAAUUUUUACUGUGUUGAUAAUAUUUUUUUUUGCAUUAUAUGUGCUUGGAGCCUGUGCCGUUUAUUGGCCGUGACUGAAGGGGAAACCCUGAGUCUGACCCCACUGUCAGUGUUUCACCCCCCCACUCCCACCCCACAGGGGAAACCUGUCUUGAUUUAAGUCACUCUGCUGGUUUUCUUAAGCUUUUCCAACACAGUGUUCCUAAUAGAGACCAGGGGGUUGGUGACAGAGCUGCUUAAUGAGUGCAUCCUGUUUAACAUCAUCAGUAACUCUGUCAUUUAAUUUUAAGUAACCAAAGAAUUCCAAUCGCCAAACAGAGGAUCCCAAUUUUUUUGUAUGGCGGUGCCUUCACAUGACUUUCAGUCUUCAUAUUCUGUUUGUCACCAUGUAACGUGUCUCAGUGUGGUUAUAUAUGUGCGCCAAUAACUUUCAGGUUAAAAUGAAUGAUUUUGUUCUGCAUCUAAAACGAUACAAGAAAAGUUCAAUAAUAAUCAACACCUGUCCUUUAAGCUCCUUACUGUCCAUAUUUAAAUAACUGUCUUAUCAUUUUUACCCACUUAUCAUCAGUCUUUUCAAAGAAUAAUGCCGCAUCUCUCACCUGGAAACCAACAGAUGGAUUAAAGUUUUGCCAUCAGGAGCAUUUAGAUCACAGAGACAGAAACGUACUCCGAGCACGGAGUCAGCAAACUGAAUGAAUUGGGAUAGUGUGCGUUAUCUCACUUUCACUAGUCCUGUUUGCCUCGAUGAGCUGUAACUGCUGACCUCCAUUCAUGUGCAUUUCAGGACAGAUUAUGAGUGAAUGAAUGAAGAGAGUGCUGAGCUGACGCUAACUUCAGCGGCUUGGCCCGUAUCGAGGACAGGCGGGCGGGGUGGGGAGGGCGGCAGCAUCUGAUGCUCUUAAGAAGAUUUACUCUCCUUUUUUCACCCACUUUGUCUACAGCGGAGACUUUUACGGUCUCAUUUGCUCUCUCUUCGGUCGCCUCAUUCUCUCCUUUGUGCCAGCUGUCACAUCCUCCCUGGCAGCAAUGCUUCGACUGGACGCCACAGCUCCAAAAAAGCAAGUAGUCAGUGCCAGGCUGGGUCCUAAUUUGAUGCUUUAAAGUCAUCAUCUUUUCCUGCUUUAGAAGCCUGAAAAUCUUAAAUCAACAACAGAGUUUUAAAGCUCACUGUCUUUAUUUAAUACAGGCUGGAACCACUGAGCUCUUAAAGGACUGCUGUUUCUGUUGCUUUGCUUUAACAUCUGUUUAAUAUUUAUGUCAUGUGGCUUCAUUAGUUAUUGUUGCCACAGAUGAGGCGUCCAGGAACCAGCCAACUCUAAAACCAAAGUGAUGCCAAAGAAUUCUUGUUUAAGAACUCAUUUUACAUUUUAUUGAGACGUGAAUUUCUUAACUCCAGGGAGAGAUAAGGGAACAGCUGCUGGGUGUCGUUGCAUACGUUUUGUCCCUCUUAUGGGACAGCCUGUUAGGCUAGUGACACUGUAGGAGCCACAACCACACGGGCACGUAUGCUCUCAACUUUCUAUUCUUACCCCCAGCUAUAGGAACUAUAACCCGUCAUCCCAUGUGACGGAGAUGUUUGUGCCUGUCAGUCGGCCUCUGCUACAGUGAAAUCAUCUCUUUAACAUAGGCAGGUGAAGCUCAAAGACUAUAAUUAUUGUGGGCAACAGCCAAUGCUACAACUUGGAGUCCAGACAAACUCUUCCUAUUGGAAUCCUUUUUACCUUAGACUAAAGUUACACAUAUACUGUACACCACGACCAUCUGGGAGUCCCAAACAGUUGAUUCUGUUCAUCUGGACAUAGUGGUGCUAGUUUCAGUCAUUAUGCAAAUAUAAGGCUGGGGAAACCUGCAGUCAGCUGAGACUGAAGAAGUCACCUGGAUGAUGACGAAACCUUUCUCCCACUAAAAACGUCCAGAUGAACAGAAUCAGCUUUUAUGGGAUUUACUUACCUGGAUGAUUGAGCAUGCAUCAACACAACCCCCUGGGUGCUUCAUGGUUGCUUUUUUCCACCCUAACACACACACACACACACACACACACACACACACACACACACACACACAAAACCUCUGCAGAUGAAAAAUGAAGCCAAUGCUGCAGUUCUUCUUCUGUUUGAGUGCUUGUAGACUGUGAUUAAAUGGCCCACUUAACAGCAGAUGUUUGUGUAUGUUUAAAGCCUGCCACAAAAGACUGUCUUGGUCUCUUGUUUGCCCCCCUGAGAGGUGCUCUGCAUGGGAUGAAGACUUUUAAACGUUAUUUGGGGAUAAUUAUUGGCUCGACUGCUUUGAUGCUGGUUUCACUUCCAGUAAUUGGGAGUCACUGAGCCAGACCUCUCGCCUGUGCUGUUGGUGCCUUUCAAAGAAUUUCCAGUGAAGUUAUCUGACAAAAAAAAAUUUGUGAUUUAGUUGUGCAGCUUUUAAUCUGAAAUGUCCUUCUAAGAGUCUCCUCCAGUUUCCAGGUGCACCUUGUUAAUCAAGCACACUUGUGCAUGCACUUCUGCACUUCUGGCUCCGCCUGCACAGAGACUGCUGCGAUGCUUCAUUUAAGGCUUCAGAAUGUGAGUUUGCACCUUUAAGUGAGGUGGCUAAGUCAAUCUUUUCUACGCAUAUUGUAGAUGUGAUUGUGUGUUUAUGGCCCCUAGCUCAACAAGAGAAACAAGAAAACAUUAAACAAAAUUCAGUUUUAUUCUUUAUGUCUCUAACCUGAACCCUGAGGUGACAUCAUAAUGCAGAAUAUCAACAGCAUUGGAAGGUCGUGCUCUAAUUCCCGCUUCCUUCUUGCGGGGCUGCUACGUUGCAGCAUUAGCACGUCUCGCCACUCUGUUGUGUCUCAGCUGACUUUGCUGUCCCUCAGCCCCUCCCGGUGUCCCUGACCCGUCCCCAUUUGUCCCUGUUGUUCGAGGGCGAGCAGAACUGGACAGAUGUUGUGGGCCAUCAGUGUGAUCAGCAAUAGUGAAGGGAAAGGAUUUAGCGGGUGUUAAAGCUGUGACAGUGUUUCCAUCGGCUGAUGUGUCAGAGUCAUGCAACAACUCUGCACCUCCAGUUUGUGCUGAUGGCGCCCGUGCUCCUGUAGGUGUUUACUCUGAUUGGUUCUCUGCUUUCAGUUUGCCCACGACAUUAUUUGUAACGCAGAGUCCAGAGAUUAAUCUUUUGUCUGCGUUUUUGACUUUUACAGCCAACGUACAUUUGAAAUGUUGAGCUGAGAUUAAGAGAGCUUGAACCACAGUCGCUGUGGCUGCUGCACAGUGCAGCUCAUCACCAGAACAAACUUUAUCUGCACUCUAAGCAGAUUUAAUGCUCUUGGGUAUAACUCGCUGCUGACAAGAAGCUGCAAAUCCGUCUACGUGUUCCACGAGUCUUUGUUUGAGUCUAAUAUCUUAUUGCUUUCUGAUUCAAGAUACUGACAGCUCCUCCUUCUCUCCAUUUACUGGGAAUUUCUAAUAUCGCUUCUACAAUUGAUUUACAGUAAAAUCAACACAUGGUGACUUUAUUGAGGGAUUACUGAUGGAAGAGGCAGUGACUUACUGCAUUCACUUUCCAGAGAUCAGAUUGAGCCAUGAAAAAAGAAAAAACUCAGUAUACGUCUGAGUGAUUUGGCUGACAGUUUGAUGACCGACUCCCUUGUUGGUCUGAGAAAUGUACACAUAUCUAAGGCUUGAGCUUUCAGGGCAUCUGGGUGAUUGACUGUCUGAGAGCGUAGGAGUAAAAGCAGCUUUGACUAUUCUGUCGUUUUGUCUGACACGGAUGGCGAAAGUUUCUACGCGACCCAGACAUCUGACACAGUUUCCACAGUGAAAGGUCAUAUGACAGAGGAAGUCAUGAGAACAUAUAGAAACAGAAAAAUAUAAAAGAAUAAUCAAAUAAAAGGGAAAAUUCUCAAAGUUCUUAGAAAUGUGCUUUGCAGAAAUAUUGUGUCUGUAAAUGUUUGAAUCUGAUUAGUUUUUGAUUUUUGAAGGACAAUCAUGGGAAAAGAUUUGGGUUAUGUGUUACAUUGUCUUUAAAAAAAAGCAAAGUCAGGCUUUUUCAGGUUUUGGGGGCCAAGAUGAAGAAGACAGAAGACAGCAUAAAUUUGUCUUUAAGUCCUGGCCAUUAGAGCAGAAAUGAGAUUUGUUAUUUUCAUCUGCAUUUGUUUUUAUUUGGUUUUCAUACUUCUGGGACCUCCUCACUCUUCUGUAGGCAUAGAUGGAAAGCCAGAGUGUCUGUAACAUCAGACUUGAUUCAGUCAGGAGGAGCUGGGGUAGAGUGGGUUCCAAAGCAGCUUGCAGAUAUGCAGCAGAUGUGGGUGUAGAUAACACAUUCAACUGACAAAUCUGACACAGGGUGUGCCAUUUAUGCUGUUUGAGGAGUAAUCAGGAGAUGAUCAGAGGAAGAAAAACAUCAUUACUGCUCACAAAGACGAAGACACUAAUAUGGUUUCUGGUGGUUAAUUUAACCAGUCAUUGGCAGUUGAAGCAUGCAGUCUUGCCACCGUUAUAUUUCCUGUGAAAAUGUUCAGUUUCUUCUACAUUGAUGGAAAAGAGGUCAAAGUUAAGCAGAUGUUGGCAUCAACGAACUUGAAGCUGUUAGAAAAAGUGCAUCUACUGUGUAAACUUGUGUUAAACAUAUCACUUGAAUCUGACAUUAACCAAACACAUCAGGUGUUCCAGAGACGAGGUGGUCUACAUAUAUUUUCUUUUUCUCAUUGAAGAUCAGUUAUGGCUACUUGUAAAACACGUGAUUGUCUUUAAGCCUAUAAAUGCUUACAAAGUAAACAAUCACCACCAGAGGAAAUGGUAAAUGGCUUUUGUUUGACUGACGGCACAAAUAUAAAACACAACCUUUGGUGUCCCUGCAGGUGAACGUGCAGAGGCUUUGUGAUGUGACUUCAGGCUCUCUGCUCGUUCACUCAGGUCGUUUUGUCCGUUUGCUUCCUUCACUGACCUCAGAUGCUCUGCUGCCCGACCUGUGAGCGCCGGCUCUGCUAAUGUUGUGACUGUGAUUUCUAAAAGUGCAUUUUUUUCUGCUUUUGAUAUUAAAGAACAGCAGCUGUAAGAUUUUCUCCUGGUGUUUCUAACCUGCUCUGGCUUCUCUCUUCUGUCCCGAGCUCAGCUGUGUAACUGCUGUAAGUUGUAAAAGGCUUUGUCGGCAGGCUUGUCUGCUUCAUGUUGCAAAUUAAAAGCAGUUUGCCCCAAA